AUGUCCGUCGAAACCAUAACAACCAUCUCGCCCAAAACCGGCCGUCCCAUCAUGUCGCGCACUGGCAUCACCUCCGAAGGCCUCCAACAAGUAACCACCGACGCGCAAUCCGCCUUCCAAAGCUACCACACCUCGACGAGCCUACAAACGCGCCAGCAGAUCGUGGCGCGGGCACUCGAUCUGCUGAUGCAGCGGAAGGAGGAGCUCGCGUACGAGAUCACGGAGCAGAUGGGGCGGCCGGUUGCGUACAGCGGGGUGGAGAUCAUGACUGCUGUGAAGCGCGGGCGGUACCUGAAUGAGAUUAGUGGGGAGGUUUUGGGGGGUGAUUCGGGGGUUGUUUUCGAUAAUAAGGAUGAGAAGUGUAAGGGGUUGGUGAGUAGGGAGAAGGAGGGGGAGGAGGGGGAAGAUGGGGUCAGGAAGGUGAUUAAGAAGAGGGCUGUGGGGGUUGUGUUGGCUGUUGUUGGGUGGAAUUACCCCUACCUCGUCCUCAUCAACACCCUCAUCCCCGCCCUGCUCGCCGGCAACGCAGUCAUCAUGAAACCCUCCCCGCAAACCCCCACAGUCGUGGAGCAGGUACUCGGGGCGUUCGCCGAAGCCGGACUCCCCCAGAACGUGCUUCAAUACGUGCACUGCGGAAACCCGAAGCUCCUCGAAGACCUAAUGCGGUCCCCGCAUGUGAACCACAUCUGCUUCACGGGUUCCGUCGCCGGCGGCCUCGCCGUACAGCAAGCAGCCUCGGAGCGAAUCGUCAACGUGGGGCUCGAACUCGGCGGCAAAGACGCGGCAUACGUACGCCCCGACGUGAACGUCGCAUGGGCCGCAGCGGAGAUCGUCGACGGGGCGAUCUUCAACAGCGGGCAGAGCUGCUGCGCGAUCGAGCGGGUGUACGUGCACAAGGACAUCCGGGAGCAGUUCAUCGCGGAGGUGAAGCGCGUGCUGAGCAACUACCGGGUGGGCGACCCGUUCGAGAAAGACACGCAGAUCGGGCCGGUGGUGUCGUCGCGCGCGAAGGAGGUCAUCCAGCGGCAGAUUGACGAGGCUGUUAAGGGCGGUGCGCUGGACGAGACGCCUGAUGAUAAUGACAGUUUCAAGAAUAUGCCGCCGGAGGGGAACUUUGUGCGCCCGACGCUGCUGACGGGCGUGACGCAUGAGAUGGCUGUCAUGAGGGAGGAGACGUUUGGGCCUGUUAUUCCUGUUAUGGGGGUGGAUGGGGAUGAGGAGGCUCUUGGGUUGAUUAAUGAUAGUGAGUUUGGGUUGUCGGCGAGUGUGUGGACGAAGGAUGUUGCCGGUGCGGAGAAGUUGAUUGAGAGGAUUGAGGCUGGGACGGUGUUCAUCAAUCGGGCGGAUUAUCCUGCGCCGGACCUGGCAUGGACGGGAUGGAAGAACUCCGGACGAAGCGUCACGCUGAGUCAGUUUGGAUUUGACCAGUUUGUGAAGCUGCAGAGUUAUCAUAUUCGCGAGUGUCCUUAG